ACACUGCACAGCUCCCCUCAGCCCUCCGUGCGAGGGCACGCACCCUCCGAUACCAGGGUGGCCUCCAGCUGAAACCUUCGCACCCCGCUACACAGCUGGAGCUGCUCGUGCUUGCAGCCCUUUCUGGGGCUCUGCCUCGAGUUGAGAGAUGGGGCCACACUCCAGCAUUGAACCGUCCUUCCCCUCGUUACCUGAAAGGCAGACAGGACCGCAGCCACCUUACCGACCGUAGCGCUCGCCAGCCUGGAGAGGCUUUUCUGCAACUGUGCCCCAUCUGCAUGUGCGCAGAAGACCCCUGGCUGAAGACCGCCCAAGGAGUCACCUCCUCCUCCCACACAGCGCUGUCCCCACCUGGGCUCCCUUUCACUCUCCUCUGACUCUCAGCGACAGCAGAGCCUGACAAGCAAGCAUGCUGCUGCUGACAGCGCUCCUGGCUGCAGCCGCUUGGUCCUAUGCAUUUGCACAAAAAAGUCCUGUGCAGACCCCUAGAUCCAUCACCAAGUUUCGAAAGAGUAUACGAAUGACAUGUGAAAUUCAGAUAUUAGGGGCAAGUUUUGAUGGCACCGUCAUACACUGGUAUCAACAGAAGGAGGGUAAAGCUCCAGAGAGGUUUCUGUACUUUUCAGGAGGGAAAGCUCACACUGAAAGUGGAUUUCAAGCACACAGGUACAUGGUUGAAGUGCUUUCUGGCCAGAACCGCUGUGUUCUUACAAUAAAAGAUGUCAUUCCAGACGAUGCUGCUACCUACUACUGCGCCUACUGGGAUACCGAUCAAAACCUAGUGUGGCCCACCUGGAUCAAAUACUUUGGCACUGGAACGAAGCUAAUUAUCUCUGACAAAGGAAGUUCCCCACCAGAAAACUCUGAAAUCCUGCAGAAGACCCAUGAAAAUCAGAUAACAUAUGUUUGCCUUAUUGAGAAAUUCUACCCAGAAGUUAUUCGGGUGACAUGGACCGAUGAAGAAAAUAAGGAGAUAACAGACAAUGUAGUAAAAGGAGACACUUGGAAGCCCGCAGAAGGGGAUGAAUACUCAGUCGGCAGCUGGUUAACUGUACCAGCGGAGAACAAACACAAGAACUAUUACUGCAAAUACGAACACGAAAGCCAACAGCAUUCACUGAUGACACGAGAUUCUAAAAAAAAUGCACUUCAGGACGAGGACUGCAGCACACAUCCUGGAAACGGCACUGUUUUUAAUAGAGAUCACUUGUUCCACAGGACAGCGUAUUUAGUAUACAUCGCCCUUCUACUGAAAAGCUCCAUGUACUACGUCAUCGUCCUCCUCUUCAUGUACAGAAUGUGGGCUCCAACCAAGCAACAAGGAAAGAAAGCAUAAAUGGGUGCUUGGACCAACACUAUUUGCUUGACAGCUGGGGCAGACUAGCAGAAAGAAAGUGCAGAAGCUGUUGCUGAGGCUCAAGCGGCAGCUCACUGAGCUCAAAGCACCGCCAGUCACCGGCCCUUCGCCACCACUUGCCAUAGGAGGCACAGCAGCCGGACACACACACGGCACGAACCAGGCCAGACUGCAACGGGUAACACAUUUGUUUGUUCAACUCAUGCGUGGGGGCAGAGAGGAAGAGAAAGAAUAGAUGGAGGGUGAGUCAGAGACAUCAGCCAUUCCUAUCUUCAAGCACAGUCACAAAUAAAAGAGCAAAAGGAAAACAUUUCCAGCAUGAGCAUAGUCUUUCAAAAUUUUCUGAAUCUUCCAGUUUGACUGUUUUACCCACAGCAAAAGGCUGGACCUCCUCUUAAAAAUACUAACUAACAGCUUGUGUUGCAUAGUUUUGAUCUGCUUUUUUGGUGAAAGCACUGUUUCCACCAAGAUUCCUCAGUCCACCAGCAACCAAAACCGGAUCACUGAGUCUCUGUUGUAUUUAACUAAAAUACAUUUUCCUUUUGAGCCAUUAGCGUGGUUUUAGUCCACAGUACUCACAGGGACCAUGCCACUGCGUAAGGCUUCAAGAACCUCCACGCAGGAAAGACUGACUGUACCUGCAGCCUCAGCAGAUGGCCCGGUAAGCAGGGUAUUUCAUUCAUGACCUGUAUUUCUCUAACUCGUGUUUUCCCCUCCAAAGUAUCUCCUGUGUCAAAACCAGACCUUAAUUUGCAGUGCACUCCUACCGCACAGCAUCAUGCUUAACGUUGUCCUGAUGCUUCAUCACCCCUAGACGGAGCUGCAGUCAUUUCUUAUGCCAAGACACCGCCAGGUUUCUUACUGUUUCAUCGAGUCCUAACUCUUCUUGAGAAAGCUUUUAACAUCCGUCUUGAAUACGGUCCAGUUCCCAGGAGGUACAGAGCAUACCUACUCGCCUUCAUAGAAGCUUGCAAAAUAAAUGCUAGUAAACUCCUUAAUGCAAGGGAAAACACACAGAAUGUGCAUAUGGGCUUACCAAAGCCAUGAAAGUUUAUGAAUACUUUAACCCCAGGGCUGGCUGUCCUGCUUCUGCUGCCCUCUACUUCUGGGGCAAAGAACCUUCUUCCUUCAGAAAGCUUUGGGAAAGGCUGACGGCUGAACUCUGGCACGCUCCUUUAGACAAGCUCUGGCGAAGAGUACCAGCCAGACAGCACUUCCACUAUGAAGAUGCUUUCUGAAACAAAGGUGUGGAAGGAACAAAAAUCCCUUCUUCAGCAAAGGUCUUCCAGCCUAGCUCAUCAUAGUGAAAUGCCAGGUCAGAAAGCAAGGGGCUGCCGAGCUUCAGAAGCCAGGUAACCAGCAUCUCACUAGGUAGCAAGAGACGCAGCUCAGACUCCUGGCAGAUUAGCGUUCCACAGGACACAGGGUCAAUAGUUCUGUUUUUCUUCCCUCACAACACCAUUAAGAGUGGGAAGAAACAUUGGUGAACCAUCUAGGUGAAUAUCAUUAAGGCAUAAAGACAGUGCUGUCAAAAAACCCCACUCAGAAACCGUUAAGGCAGCAAUUAAGCUGUGAAAAAUAGCACCAACAUUUAUAACUUUAAAAUUUAAGAUGGCAAAGGGUGCUGUUAGUGUUUGGUGGUUACUCCAAAGAUGAGAGAGCACAGCAUUCCUGGCUGCCACUCACCAGUCACUCCCAAAGGAGGGAAAUCUGACCACAUGUAGCCAACUCCAACCAAGGACAGCACCACAGAGGACACGGGGUAUGAUUGCAAUAGCUGCCGUGUGUUUGAAAGGUGCCGCCGUUCAUUUGUCACAGCCGCAAGCACGAGGCCAGCUCCCCUCCUCCCACUGCACUUUUCCUUUUGUACUGCACCCACACCAGUCGUUUCUGUUACAAACCUCUGCAACACUUCACUGCAAGCUGUUCCAAUCAUGCGUGCACCAAACACAGAAGUGGUACGGCCAGCUGCUCCUUCCUGCAAUACCAGCUUUGCAUCAAUUUAUCCUACAGAUGAUUCCAGGACUGUUCCUGCCACAGAGCUCUGGGAAAAAUACACCACAUCCCAAUGAGCUCGAUGGGGAUCACUCUGGGUUAAUCUGUGUAUUAGUCAACGCACACAAAUCAGAAAUUUAAAAGUCCGCAAACACAGAGACAAAGGACAGCCUUGGAGCUGGCUCCUCUGGUACAAUAUCUACUACUGGGAGGGUGACCAGGAGAAGCAGAUGGCUUGCACAGGCCCUGGGCACACAGGUUAGGUGCUCAGCAUUUAAGUGCACAGCCCUGGAGUCCAAGGCCCUGUCCCUCGUACUCCAAAAGGAAAAUCGGUUGUUUGAGAGUCAGGACUGACGGAGUCAGUGCUCAGAGAAAGGAGCUAACCUAAAGGAGGGCUCCCAGCCAUCCCGUUCCCUCGCUCGGGGGCUGACACAGGGCUUCUGCCCAGCAUGGCUCUGCAGCCUGGAGCAGCCUCUCUGGAAAAUGGGCUCUUUGGUCUUUCCCACUCCUGAAUGAGUCCCAAGCUUGACAAGAGGACUAGACACACAAAGCAAUGUAUAAACGCAGAAAAUACAAAAGAUCUCCUUUGCCAACAGGUAAUGGACUGAAGUGGACAGUGACAGGAGAGAGAAGCUGAUUGCUACCUGAACUCUUUUGUACUAAUAUCAGCACUUCUUGAAAGUGUGGAAGCUUAUUGCCUGUACUUAAAUAUUCCCUCAACACACACACCAGACGCUGUAAAAACACACAUGGUGCUCCAUUAGAUGAAACAAACACACCUACCCUUCAAUACAUGACUCUUUAGAGCCCAAAGGAAGAGGAGAGCGCUGCCCAACUUCAUCUGUCUGCUGCUCCUUCAUCUCCCAGAAGUUUACUCUGGGUGCUGAGCCAGUAAGUCCUCAUGGAACCACCCCACAGCCAGCCACCAGACGGCUCAACAGCUUCCCUUGUUCAGAAAGCUUUAAUGCUCACUAGAUCAUGCCCUGAAGAUAAUUCAGGCAAGCGCAGCUCUUUAAAAGACGAUGUCUACAACUGGGCUGCACAUGAACUCACUCCCAGCUGCACCUCUUGCCAUACAUCUUGCAUUCAAGAAAAUGUAAGUAAGUAUUGAAGUUAAUCCUCCUCGUGGUUUAAUUAGCAAUUAAAAGAACAAAAAACCUAACUAUUCCCUGGCACCGGGAAGUGCUAUUAAUUCCACUUCUCUCCGACUGUAUCUCCUGCCUUUCCCUUUACCCACAUCACACCCUGAAACACAUCUUCAACACAGCAUUUGUUAAUUUUUAAGCCACUGUAUCUUUUAAUUCAAAUUAUCCAUAGCUGUUUUUCACAAACUACACUGAGAAUAAAUUCUACAAAUGUG